AUGGUUGGUGAUCACGAUAAAUAUGUCGGGUUGGGGUUGGCUGUCUCUUCUAGUCUGUUGAUCGGCACGUCUUUUAUCAUAACGAAAAAAGGACCUUCUAGUGAAGAUCAUAGUUACCUAACGAAUCCGAUCUGGUGGGCAGGAAUGAGUACAAUGGUAAUUGGCGAAUUACUUAAUUUUGCUGCUUAUUCAUUUGCUCCCGCUAUCCUUGUAACUCCUCUUGGUGCUUUGAGCGUUUUAAUCGGUCUUAUUUUAGAUCCUUUUAUACAACUAUAUGAAAAUUAUGUAAUGAUUAGUGCUGUUUUGGCUUCUCUAUUUCUAAAAGAAAAUCUUGGGACAAUAGGGACUGUGGGUUGUGGCUUAUGUUUAAUUGGUUCGAUAGUUAUUGUAAUACAUUCACCAGCGGAUAGGGAUAUUUUGACUGUUGACGAAAUUCUUGCUUUUGCUCUCCAACCUGGCAAUGUGAACCCUGUAUAUUAUGUAUUUUUCACGACAUCGACUAUAUUUGCUUCUGUUUUAUUGUUUCAAGGAUUCAAUACUAGUCAUGUGGUUAAUGUAAUCAGUUUAUUUUGUGGGUUCUUUACUAUUUUUGCUGGUGUAUUUCUUUUAAAUUCGGCAAAAACCGAUGGACUUUUAACUAGAACAUUACAAAAUGGUAACGGGGUAUUACGAUCAUCAUUAUCAUCAGAUGUACAUGAUCUUAUGACAACUAGAGAUGCUACAUUAUUGAACGCUUUUGAUGAAGAAAGUUUAGCAUUAACACAAUUAAAUGAUAUUUCUGAUUCUGAAGAGG